GGCAUGGGGCGGGGCCGUCGGCGGUGGCGUGGUCGGGGUGUCGCGCGGGAGUCCGUGGAGGAGAGGGGGGACUCCGAAACUAGAGUGUGGGAGCCAGAGGGCGUAGCGGGCGGGGCUGGAGCGCUGGAGUAGACGGUCCGACAGGCAGAGAGAGAAGUGAGACUGGCUGCGACAGAGGGCGGGUUAGGGCUCCAGGCAGGGCUUGAGCGGGACGAGGGGGCGGGCUCCGAGGCGGGCUAGACGCCUGAGCUGGAUGAAGUCCGAGUCUGGGAAGAGAACCGUGUUGUGGCGGGAGGUGGCGGUGAUAGAGGUGGCGGGGGUAAGCGCGGGGGCGGGGCUGGAGCGAGGGGGGCGGGGCCAGCGCCUCCGCCGGUCGGUGGUUGGGCGGAGGCUGGAGGGGGUGAGCCUAGGAUGCGGAGGCUGCCGCUCGUGUGGGGGCGUGACCAUGCCUGGCGGGGGCGGGGUCGGAGGCGGGCGAUUUAGAGCGCGGGGCGGUCCUGCGGGGUGGGGGCGGGGCCUGUGCGGGCCGCGGCGCGGAGCCGAGUGGGCUGCGGGGAUGCGGGGGACCAGCUGCGUGGGCGGCGGCGCCGAGAGCCCCGGCGGCGCGGGGCUGAGCGAGGGCCCGCGGGGGCGCUGGCUGCGCUUGGCGCCAGUCUGCGCCUACUUCCUCUGCGUCUCGCUGGCUGCCGUGCUGCUCGCCGUGUACUACGGUCUCAUCUGGGUACCCACGCGGUCUCCCGCGGCGCCAGCCGGCCCACAGCCCAGCGCGCCGUCCCCUCCGUGUGCUGCCCGCCCGGGCGCGCCCCCUGUCCCGGCGCCCGCCGCUGCCUCCGUCUCCUGCCUCCUGGGAGUCCCCGGCGGGCCGCGACCCCAGCUCCAGCUGCCGCUGAGCCGCCGCCGCCGCCGCUACAGCGACCCUGACCGCCGCCCGAGCCGCCAGACACCCAGAGAGAAGCCAGAGGCCGCGGAGGGGCGAGGACCCGGGUAACUCUCCCUUCCACACCAACCCAGAUCGCUAGCCUUCGAGAGCUCUGUGCUCGCCGCCGAGGAUGCGCCGUCUCCGGAUGGGUUCGGCCUCCUUCCUAGUGACAUCGCCCAGCGUCUCUGGAGCCGUCAUCCCGCGGAAUGGGGGCCCAGGGGGUGUCAGCUCGGGGCCUUGCCUCUUGCAGCUCCUCUGUGGUCAGGUCGGGUCCUCCACCAUCAGGAAGAUCCCAUCCUGAGCUCUGUUUCCUGCUCCUCCUGCUGUGGGUUGCUGAGCACAGAGCCCACAGUCCAUCUGCCUCCUCACUUCCCUGAAUCCAUGUCCAUCUGCAAUAAACCACAGCCUCGGCUGCCUCGUGCUGUGUC